AUGUCCCUCUCCAUCAAGUCGAUCAAGUCCCUCGCGCCCCUCCUCGACCGCGUCCUCGUCCAGCGCGCAAAGGUCGUCGAGAAGACCGCCUCGGGCCUGUUCCUCCCCUCGGCCGCAUCGCAGUCCCCGCCUCCCGAGGGUACCGUCCUCGCAGUCGGCCCCGGUGCGCCAGGAAAGGACGGAAAGGUCGUCCCCGUCAGCGUCAAGGAGGGUGACCGUGUCGUCUUGCCUGGGUUCGGAGGUGUGCCCGUCAAGGUCGGCGAGGAGGAGUACCACAUCUUCCGGGACGCAGAAAUCAUCGCAAAGAUCUCGGAGUAA